AGAUACGAGUUUCAGUUUUGUGCGUUUGAAAAAACCAUUUUUUUAAGAUGUCUGAAAAAGCAUUUAACUCGACGAAAAGUUUAACACCAAAUAAUAUCGUCGACAUGAAUUUAAAAUUGAGCCCGCUACGAAAAAAUCGAAAACCAUUGAUGGAAAAGAAGCGGCGUGCACGCAUUAACGAUUCGCUGGAGACACUCAAAGAAAUUUUAUUGAAAAAUACAGUCGCUGUAACGCAAGGUACUCGACCAACGAAAUUGGAAAAAGCAGAUAUUCUUGAAAUGACUGUAAGAUAUUUACAAAUGUUGCAUAAACGUAAUGCGAUGCCAAGUGCAAAAUCAUCAGAGUGUUGUGUUGUUACAUCGACCACACCGAUUCGAAAUUCAGCCAUGAAACCGAAAUCGAUUUCCAAUAUUGAAUACUUUGAUCGACCAUUUAAACAAGUCAAAACUAAACGAAACGUCGUCGACAGUGCUGACAAAGAAAACAUGCCAGCCACCAAAUUAAUUCGAUCAAAUGGUAGCAACACCUUUCGAACCAGUGAAAGAAGUGCGUUCAGAGUCAUUUCAAAUGCAAACUAUUCCGAAAGAAAAUGUGAAAACCAUCACAGAAAUAACAACGAACAUUGGCGGCCUUGGUGAAAAUUGACACCCAAAAAUUCAUUUAAUUAUUUGUAUUU